GGUUGCACAGCUGAGUUUUGCACAGGGAGAGGCCAGGGAGUGGAAAAUGAAACAUACUGACAUUUUGAGCUGACGCUGUGCUCACAGGUCUUCUAAAAAGUCGUAUUAUUUAACGUUUUUGUGUGUUUUUUUAGAGUGUAGUAGGGUAUGCAUUUCGUUUCUCUUGUUAGGAAUGGAUGUUGAAGUCGUUCGAUUCAAGAUCGAUACUUUUGAUCGGUGCAGUGCGAGCGCGACUAGGAUAGUCAGGGUAGAGGUUAUCGCAACAGCUGCUGUUGUUGUAGUUUGUUUUGAAGUCUUUCGCUGGUCAUUGAUUGCUAAAGACCAGUCACAUUUAACUGCAGGUUCAAAGUAAAAUCAUCGUACACAUGGAACUAAUAAUAAAACCAGGAACGAAGCAGGACUGGAGACAACCAGAGAAGGCUGUGUUGAUUGGAGAGCUUAUGCCAGUCCACCCUCAGCCCCUGGAGCGCAGGUCAGGCUGUGAGACCUGGAGUGCUGAGUUCUCCCCCGAUGGUUCUUAUUUUGCUUGGUCGCUGGGACACGGAAUCGUGAAGCUCGUCCCGUGGCCGCUGGAGGAGAGCAGCGGGACCCCUACUAGAAGUGCUACACCGUGCAAGAACUACUUCUGUAAUGCAGGAUGGCAAGAAAAUGACAACCCCAAGGAAAAGACCCUCGAGUGUGGACAGACUGUGUGGAGCUUGGCUUUUGGUCCGCGCUCAUCUAAUGACAGAACUCGCCACAGACGUGACUGUCAACCGACAUCGCUUUCUCAUCUGUUCUCAAGCCUGGUUCUGGCCACAGGUCUUAAUGAUGGGCAUAUCAAAGUGUGGGAGGUACUAACAGGUCAUCUCCUGUUUAAUCUAACUGGACAUCAGGACGUGGUGAGGGAUCUGACCUUCGCCCCAAACGGAGGCUGGACACUUGUCUCUGGUUCUCGAGACCAGACGAUACGAGUUUGGGAUUUAACAAAAGACGGUAAAACAGCCCAUGUGCUGACUGGCCACAAGCAGUGGGUGUACUGCUGUCGGGUUUCCCCUGACUGCAGCAUGAUUGCCUCUGUUUCCGGAGAGAACCACGUGUUCCUGUGGAGCAUGCGAUCGUACACCUUCAUUAGAAAACUGGAGGGUCACAAGAACUGCGUCAUAUCCUGCGACUUCUCGCCUGACGGAGCGCUGCUGGUGACGGCGUCCCUCGACACACAGGUGUACCUGUGGGACCCCUACACUGGGGAAUCGCUCAUGCAGUUAAGCCAUUGUUUUCCUCACCUGUACAGUUAUGCCGUCUGCGAUGUUCGCCUGAGGUCUGUGCGCUUCUCUCCUGAAGGCUUAUACUUUGCAACAGUUGCAGAUGACAGGGACUUAAGGAUUUGGGCGUUAGGAAUGGACAGGCCAGUAAUAGAAAGCCCAGUGCCGCAAAAUCCUGUGACCAACGGCCUGUGCUGCGCUUUCUCACCACAAGGGGGAGUCCUUGCAACAGGGACGAGAGAUGGGCAGGUGCAGUUCUGGAGGAGCCUGAGGGUCGUGCCGAGUUUACGGCACCUAAGCCGCGUAUCCCUCCGCCAGUCCGUGUCCUCCCAUCAGGUGAUGGCGCUGCCGAUCCCCAAGAAGAUGAAGGACUUUCUCACGUACAGGACUCUCUUAACAUGCCAGGAGAACAACACCCUUCAUCACUUACAAGAAGUCAUAGCCCUCAAUUAACAACCCUGGUUUCUGACACAAAAGCACCUUCUUUUUCCUUAGAAUGUUAUUGGUAACAGUAUAAUUGAUUUUUUUUUUUUUUUAAUCUUUAAAUUUUCAAAGAAUAUAUUGUAAAUAUUUUGAGAUUAAGUAUAAUAUUUCUUUAACAAUAUUAUUUUUUUAUAAGUCUUCUUCCAUCUGUUUGUUUUCACUGCUGCAACACAAAUUGAAAUCCCAAAUCUCAAGAACAGCCUUAAAUCUCUAUAUUUACUUAUAUAUUGAACUUCUUUACCAUUUAACUCAUUCUGUGUGUAUCUUCUUCAAGCAGGCACUUCUGAUGGAAACUGGCUUUUCUUUCUUUAAGUACAGUUUGCAGAAGCCCAUAUUGUUGCCGGUGUAUCUCUAGCGUGUCUGAAGUCUAAAAUGGUCAUUUUGCAGCAGUAGCUAUAAAAUGAGGCAUGAAGAACAUACUGUAUAUUCAAGUUGAAACACGAAGCAAAAAAUAAAACAUCACUUUAAAAAAAUAAAUAAAUAACCCUGAGAAUUGAUGUGGAAAAUAUCAAGAGAUUGAGUGCAUGCUCAGAGUUUUAAUAAAUCAACCUUAUACUUGGA